UGAAACGUCGUCGGGCGUGUCUACGAAAUUCAUUUUUGGCUGCUUGUUAGUGAACGAAGAUCGAGUUUUAUAAGUUUCGUUACAGUCUCACAAUAGUGAAUACUCCAUAGUGAAUUGUACGUCAUUAGAAACAGUUCAGCCGCUUUAAAACGCGAACGACAACUGAUUAACGUUUUAUAACCAAGUUGUGCCUUCGACAAUCCAGGCACUAGUGGCAGCAUCUUUUGAGAACUGUCGAAAGCUUCUCUGAUAAAGACUACCAUCUUGUAACAGCUGGCAGAAGUUAGUUGACGUUGACCCAGAGGAGCGGGAAAUAUUCAAAAGCUCACAACUUAAAAAUGCAAAUUCGAGUUAAAUACGGUUUAUGAACAACUGGUUAAUUAAGAUAGACAUACAAAUAUUUAAAAAUGUACGAAAAUCUGUUCAAGAAUCCACUGUACCGUGUGUUCGUCUACGGUACUUUGAAGCGGGGUGAACCUAAUCACAGCCUAAUUUCGGAUACAGCAAAUGGUUACUCUAAAUUUCUUGGACUUGGAAAAACCACCGUUCCUUACCCCUUAAUAAUAGCAACCAGAUAUAAUAUCCCAUUUUUAUUGAAGAAACCUGGAUUUGGCCACCAUGUGAUUGGUGAAGUAUACGACGUGGACACAAAAAUGCUGAAGAAACUGGACGAACUAGAAGAACAUCCUGCGUUCUACGAAAGAUCCGAAACGGAUGUCCUAAUCGCUCCAGAGGCUAAAGUCAAGGCAAAUGAGAACUUUGAAGAGGUUGGAACAAUGUUAAAAGUUUGGGUCUAUUUUUUACCAAAGUUUAAAGCGUCUCUGUUGGAUAGCCCCAUGUACAGUUCGUACAGGAACGAGGGAAGCCAUGGUUUAAAAUACUGUGAGAAUGAGGAGAGUACUAUAAGGCCCGAAGAUCUGCAUUGACGAACGGUCUUUGCAGACUUUUCAUUAUACUCCGGUCGUAUAUGUAUAUGCUUGAACAUUUGCUUUGUUAUUCGUUAUAGUCAAUAAAUCAUUUUACGUCACACAAAA